GCGUGGAAGUUUGAGGUGGAAAGUUCACCAAAAGGAACAAACAAGUCUUACAUUGUUUCUUUCUAGAUACACUCACGCGCCUUCUGUCUCUUCUCAACAUUGUAAGCACAUCCAGACCCUCAAAUCUCCAUCCUCCCCUUUUUAUAUAUAACCCUCACAAUGCGGAGAAUCGUUGCAGACAGAUUCAGGCGCCUUUUCAACCGUUCAUUCCUUCUUCAUCGUCAUCAUCACAAUCACAAUCACCCUCCCUUUCCUGCUUCUUCCUCUCUCACUUCUCACUAUCCGUUUUCCCCCUAUCGCUUCUUCUUUUCUACUCCUUUUUCUUCCAUGGCUUCUGAUUCACCUUUCCCUGUCACUGCUCAAAACAUCAACCCAAAGGUUCUGAAAUGUGAGUACGCCGUUAGAGGAGAGGUUGUCACACUUGCUCAGAAUUUGCAAAAGGAUUUACUGGCCAAUCCCGGUUCUCAUCCAUUUGACGAGAUACUUUACUGCAACAUUGGAAAUCCUCAGUCUCUUGGCCAGUCUCCAAUAACCUUUUUCCGAGAGGUUCUUGCUUUAACUGAUCAUCCAGCUAUAUUGGACAAAAGUGAAACACAGGGUUUGUUCAGCGCUGAUGCAAUAGAACGAGCUUGGCAGAUUGUGGAACAGAUUCCCGGUAGAGCAACUGGUGCCUAUAGCCACAGUCAGGGUGUCAAGGGUUUGCGUGAUACAAUAGCUGCUGGAAUUGAAGAGCGUGAUGGUUUUCCUGCUAAUCCUGAUGACAUUUUCAUGACAGAUGGUGCAAGCCCUGCAGUCCAUAACAUGAUGCAAUUACUUAUCAGGUCGGAAAAUGAUGGUAUUUUGUGUCCCAUUCCACAGUAUCCUCUAUACUCAGCUUCAAUUGCCCUCCAUGGUGGCUUCUUGGUACCUUAUUAUCUAGAUGAAGCAAGCGGUUGGGGAUUGGAAAUACCUGAACUCAAGAAGCAAUUGGACGCUGCCAAGUCUAAGGGCAUCAAUGUUAGGGCUUUAGUUGUUAUAAAUCCUGGCAAUCCAACGGGGCAGGUUCUUUCUGAGGAAAAUCAGCGCCAUAUAGUAGAUUUUUGCAAGCAAGAAGGUUUGGUUCUUUUAGCUGAUGAGGUAUAUCAAGAAAAUGUUUAUGUCCCUGAGAAGAAAUUUCACUCAUUCAAGAAGGUAUCUCGGUCCAUGGGAUAUGGUGAGAAUGACGUCACUUUAGUAUCCUUUCAAUCAGUCUCCAAAGGCUACCAUGGGGAGUGUGGGAAACGAGGAGGUUAUAUGGAGGUGACUGGCUUUUCUGCAGAAGUGAGGGAGCAAAUAUAUAAAAUGGCAUCUGUCAACCUUUGCUCUAAUAUCUCUGGUCAAAUUCUUGCAAGCUUGGUCAUGAGUCCACCUAAGGUUGGAGACGAGUCCUAUGAAUCAUUCAUGGCUGAGAAGGGAAAUAUUUUGGCAUCGCUUGCUAGGCGUGCAAAGACACUAGAAGAUGCAUUCAACAAACUAGAGGGUGUAACAUGCAACAAAGCAGAAGGGGCAAUGUAUCUGUUUCCCCAAAUUCGUCUGUCCCAAAAGGCUAUCAAAGCUGCAGAGGAGGCAAAAACUGCACCUGAUAACUUCUAUUGCAAGCGGUUGCUUAAUGCCACAGGAGUAGUAGUUGUUCCUGGUUCUGGUUUUGGACAGGUUCCUGGCACAUGGCAUUUCAGAUGCACCAUUUUGCCCCAAGAAGAAAAGAUUCCAGCCAUUGUCUCCCGUUUGACAGAGUUCCAUGAAAAAUUCAUGGAUGAGUUCCGUGACUAAGUCCUGCUUCUAUUUCAUCCCUAAACACAAAGGGUACCCAAUUGAAAUUUGAUGAGAAUGAAUUUUGCAGAAAUAGGACCUUUUGUUUUCUGGAAUAAAUUUGUUGUUAGCUCCACUUAUACAUGCAUAUUGAAUGUGCAAGACGUGGAAGCUUAUUCCUAUAUUACCUCUUUUUAAUUGAAUAAACUUUUUUCGAACCAA